UACAACUAGCUUCAUCAGCGAGUAGCACCUGUGGGUGGCCAGCACCACGCCCGGUCGCCUGUGUCUCCGUAGUGGAAAUGUAUGUUGAAUUUUUUUCGCACCGUACGUAGCCGAUGUGUUUUGUUCAUGUUAACAAAAAUUGACACCAGGUACUCAGACACAAUAUUAUACGUGAACACAAAUACAGCUAAGUAUAGAGGUUAUACUUAGCUUGCAAAGGCAAAGGUCCCCCGUAUAUCCUACACAGACUGUUGGGGAAAGUGCUGUUAGCGAGUAGCACCUAUGAAGGCGGAAAUCGAACCGGGUUCAUAGCGCAGCGUGCUAACCGCUACACCACCGCUCCCCACACACACGCACACACAAACGCAUCUCUUCAUCCCUGGCAGUGGGCACGUCGCGUUCUGGGGGGGGGCUAAUCCUGUAACACGUGACGGUCAGAUCGCAACAGCAGCAACAAAAAGACCCCCACAAUCCACCGCUUUAACACAGGCCGAGCCAGCCUCGGCGGCAGCGCAUUUCGCGAGCGCGGCGCGCGAAAAGUUUUCCCUUCAGAACCCCUCGCGAUUCCUCGAGCGCGUCUCCAGCCACCGUGACCGACCCCAUCCGCGAGAUGUCAUCUUCACCAGCCCAUCACCACCACCACCAUCACCACCACCAUCACCACCAGCAGCAGCAGCAGCGGCACCGUCACCAUCUCCUCCUCGCGCUGGCCGUCUGCCUGGUGACGCUGGCCACGCCGCCGCCGUGCGUAGCGCAGUUCCCCCGAGCCUGCACCUCGUCGGCGAACUUGGUGUCCAAGAUCUGCUGCCCUCCGUGGCCCGGCGACGGCUCUCCGUGCGGGGAGGCGACCUCGCGCGGCUCCUGCGAGCUCGUGGUGCCGUCCACGGAGCCGCACGGGGCGGGCUUCCCCUUCGCGGGAGUCGACGACCGCGAGCUCUGGCCCACGGCCUUCUACUCGCGGCUGUGCCGCUGCCGGGCCAACUACUGGGGCCACGACUGCGGCGAGUGCCGCUUCGGCUGGCGCGGCCCCGCGUGCUCCGAGCGGCCGAGCGAGCCCAGCCUGAGGCGCAACCUGAUGCUGCUGAGCGCCGCCGAGCGGAGCAAAUUCUUCUCCUACAUCAACCUGGCCAAGGUGAGCGUCCACCCGGAGUUCCAGAUCGCCGCCGCCACCCUCGAGCAGAUGGGCAACGGGACGCGGCCGACGUUCCGGGACGUCAGCGUGUUCGACCUCUUCGUGUGGAUGCACUACUACGCGUCGCGCGACGCGCUCCUCGCGGGCCCCGUGGCGUUUCCCGGCGUGGACUUUGCGCACGAGGGGCCUGGGUUCGCGCCGUGGCACCGCGUCUUCCUGCUCAUGUGGGAGAGGGAGAUCCGCAAGCUGACGGGAGACGAGGAGUUCACGAUCCCCUACUGGGACUGGAGGGACGCGCGGGACUGCGAGGUCUGCACGGACGACUUCUUCGGAGGGCGCCAUCCGAGCGUCGUGGGCCGACUCAGCCCCGCGUCCGUCUUCUCCGCGUGGCAGGUGAUCUGCACCCGGCCGGACGACUACAACCGCCUGGGGGUGCUGUGCGACGGCUCCCCGGAGGGCCCCGUGCUGCGCAACCCGGGGCGUCACGACCCAACGCGCAUCGCCUCGCUGCCCACGAGCGCCCACGUGGAGUCCUGCCUCGGCCUCGCCGACUUCGACAGCCCGCCCCUCAACCGCGACGCGAACCGGAGCUUCAGGAACACGCUGGAAGGCUUCGCUGACCCGCUGACCGGCAUGGUGACCCCCUCGCGCAGCAGCAUGCACAACUCCCUGCACAUCUUCAUGAACGGCUCCAUGUCCUCGGUGCAGGGCUCCGCCAACGACCCCAUCUUCACGGUGCACCACACCUUCGUAGACAGUCUGUACGAGCGGUGGCUGCGCACUCACGGCGCGAACGCCUCCUCCUACCCGGCGCGCGGCUCGCCGAUCGGCCAGAACGGCGGUGACUUCAUGGUGCCCUUCCUGCCGCUCGUCACCAACGCGGCCGCCUUCGUGCCCUCGAGGGAGCUGGGCUACGAGUACGAGUACUUGCAGCCAGGCGGCGAGGGCUCCUGGUUCACGCGCUUCCAGGUGCAGCUGCAGCAGCUGUGGCCGUGGGUGGUGGGCGCCCUGCUGCUGGGCGCCCUGCUCGCCUCCCUGCUGGGGCUGGGCGCGUGGCGGGCGUGCGGCCUCGGGGGGGCGCCCCGUCAGAGGCCACAGCGCGGCGGCUUCCUCGCCUGGGAGGGCGCCCAGGGCAAGGCGGGGGAGGAGACCCGCAGGUUGCUGGAUGGCGUCGAGCCCAACGGGAUGCCCGGCUCGUUCCAGACGACGUUCUAGCGGUGGUGCUCGUAGUGGUGGUGGUGGUGGUGGUCAUGGUGGUGCUCGUGGUGGUGGUCAUGGUGGUGGUGGUGGUGGUCAUGGUGGUGCUCGUGGUGGUGGUGGUCAUGGUGGUGGUGGUGGUGGUCAUGGUGGUGGUGGUGGUGUAAGAGUUGUAGGGCAGACAUGGGCAGGAGGCACUGGGUCAUGAGUAGGAUGUUGCUGGUGGUAGUGGUGGUGAUCGUGGUGGUGGUGUUGGUGAUGAUGAUGAUCAUGGUGGUGGUGUAAGAGUUGUAGGGCAAACGUGGCCAGGGGGCACGGGGUCAUGAGCAGGAUGUUGCUGCUGCUGGUGGUGAUGGUGGUGGUGGUGAUGGUGGUGGUGGUGAUGGUGGUGAUGGUUACCACGAUUUCAUGGGCCCAGAGUAGAACUUGAUUCUGGAAGGUGGUAAUAUUUGCUGUACAGAUUCUCUUCUGUCAUCACAAUCAUGAUGAAUCAUCAAUUAUCCAACCACCAUCCGUCACCCUCAUCAUCAUAGGAGGGCACAUGACCCAAUGGUAUUACCCCAGCGCGUCCUAAAUGACGUUCUAGUGGUGGUGGCUGUGAGGCUAGAUAGGGGAUAUUUGCCAUUAUUCUUUUGGUGGUGGUAUGUCCGCAAUUUAUAGGUGCUGCUCGCUAACAGCACUUGCCCUCGACAGCCUGUGAAGGCUAUACGGGGGAUCUUUGUUUUCGGUGGUGUCGUAGGAGUUGUACGGGAGACACGGGCAGGACGCGCGGGGCAAAAUACCAUUGUACGUGUGUGUGUGUAUACGUGUGUAUACGUGUGUGUAUAUAUAUACUGUGUGUGUACGUGUGUGUGUGUACGUGUGUGUGUAGUUUCAUAGUUUAGUUUCAUAGUUUCAU